CGGCCUGCUGCUCAGGGUUCUGGAGAGAGAAUUCCGAGAAGAAAAUAACCCGGAACAACCUGUGAGGGCCUGAGCCUGCCCUCUUUUGGAGCUGGGGUCCCCUCCCACCUAUCAGGAGAGCUCCACCCCCCCACUCCCCGCCAGCGCCGGGGUAUCAGGUGACCUCAGGCCGGCGCAGUCACGUGACUAGGCGCGCCCGCCCGUUGUGGCCAUGGCGGCCUCAGGCUCCGGUGUGGUGAGGCGAGUGGAGGAGCUCGGGGACCUGGCUCAGGCCCACAUACAACAACUUAGCGAAGCCGCCGGCGAAGAUGAUCACUUUUUAAUUCGGGCCUCUGCAGCUCUAGAAAAAUUGAAACUUCUGUGUGGAGAAGACAAAGAAUGUUCAAAUCCAUCAAAUCUUCUUGAACUUUACACACAGGCUAUUUUGGACAUGACAUAUUUUGAGGAGAACAAGCUAGUAGAUGAAGAUUUUCCUGAAGAUUCUUCACAAAAAGUAAAAGAGUUGAUCAGUUUUCUUUCAGAACCAGAAAUUUUGGUUAAAGAAAAUAACAUGCAUCCAAAACACUGCGAUUUGCUUGGGGAUGAACUCCUGGAAUGUCUCUCUUGGAGACGAGGAGCCCUACUCUACAUGUAUUGUCAUUCUCUGACCAAAAGGAGAGAAUGGCUCACAAGAAAAUCUAGCUUGCUUAAAAAGUACCUUGUUGAUGGAAUCAGUUAUUUGCUACAGAUGCUGAAUUUUCGGUGUCCCAUCCAGUUAAAUGAAGGAGUUUCUUUCCAAGACCUAGACACAGCUAAAUUACUGAGUGAAGGAAUAUUUAGUGACAUUCAUUUGCUGGCUAUGAUGUACAGUGGAGAAAUGUGUUAUUGGGGAUUGAAGCAUUGUGCAGAUCAACAGCCAGAAAAUCAUGAAGUGGAUACUGGUGUUUCUGGAGCAAGCUACACUACACACAAAGAACCUUUGGAUUUCCGAGAAGUAGGAGAAAAAAUUUUGAAAAAGUAUGUAUCUGUGUGUGAAGGACCCCUGAAAGAACAAGAAUGGAAUACAACAAAUGCAAAACAAAUUUUAAACUUCUUUCAGCAUCACACUAACUAGUAAGUUCAUCUACUCCUUUUCAAACAGGAAAACAAAAAGGCUCAGGAAAUGGAAGUUCCAGAAAAGAAGACAUAUUGAUACUGAAUUUAGGAACAUUACACUACAUAAAGAUAGCCAGCAUGGUUACCCUUUUUUAAAUGCCAUCACCAUCUUUCACUAUAUAUUCUUUUUAUUAAAAAAAAAAAAGAUUUUUUUUGAUGUGGACCAUUUUUAAAGUCUUUACUGAAUUUAUUACAUUAUUGCUUCUGUUUUAUGUUUUGGUUUUUUGGCCGUGAGCCAUGUGGGAUCUUGGCUCCCCGACCAGGGAUCGAACCUGCACCCCCUUCAUUGGAAGGCAGAGUCUUAACCGCUGGACCACCAGGGAAGUCCCUCACUAUAUAUUCUUAAACCUGUGAAGGAAUGAUUCUUUAAUAUCUAAAAUGGCAUUUAUGUUAUUCUAACUCACUCUGAACUACAGAUAUCCUGUAACUAAUACUAAGGAGAAAUCCAAUUUAUCUCUAUAAAGAGUUUUUUUCUAUUACUUCAGAUUUUUUUUUAUUGUGGUACAAUAUACAUAACAUAAAAUUGAACAUUUUAACUGUUUUUAGAUUAUUUUUUAAUCUCCCUGUCUUGAAGUUUGCUGUACUUCAGAGAUUAAAAUCAAGUCCCCUCUUUGCUUUGUAUAUAUGCUAUAGAUAUAAAAAUUGGCAAAAUGAAAAAUUUUGACCAACAUCCAUGUACCAUUUCCAGACUAAGAUAAAUAAUGAAAGACUCCACAAAAGAAUUUUUGUUUGUUUCACCACGUACUACUAAUGGCAUUUAAAAUUUUUAGUCUAUUAGGCAUUUUAUAAAAAUUUCAAAAUUUUCCUAUUUUGUUUCAAAGAAUAUGCACGGUUUAUUAAAUGAGUAAUGAAGAUAAAACCAUGUUAGGUUAGUCCGCCAUUAGUCUUAUGUCUUUAGAGCACAUCUUUUCAUGUUUUGAAAUUUUAAUAGUUUUUGUCUUUAAUUGUAGGGGUGAGUGUUAAAGGCCGAGAGCCCCACCUGGUAUCUUGCUGACAGUCUUUCUGUCUACCUCAGUUCCUGUUGUCGUCUUGGGAUGAUCUGUCUGAUACCUUGCCAAUAUCCUUCACCUCUGGGCCGUUGACUUCAUCACAUUCCAGGAACUUAACUCCCACGGCCUCAACAUGAAUAUCACCAUCCUGAGUUUCUCUUUCUGAAAUCUUAAAUUUCAAUAGCUAAUGACAUUCUUAUCUUUCCAGUUUUUUACUUCCUCAUUUUGAUUGAUUCUUCUCCCUCUUAUUUCUUUUGUAUCUCUUUAGCUUCCUCAUAGCCUCCUCCUCUUGCUGCCCCCUUUUCUCCUCACCAUCAGCCUCUUUCAGAUUUUCUUCCUUCCCUGUCCAGCCUUGGCCUUAUGGGGCACCAUAUGACAUGCUCUCCACAGUCCCUUCAAAUCCAUCUUCCCCUGGUCUUUCAGCCUAAUCAUUCUGCAGUCCCUCAACAUUGAAUUAAUCCUAUUGUUCCACCUUCUUUUUUUGGGAUGCUGAGUUCCAUGUGAAGUUCCUGCAGCUCCUUCAAAGUGGAAUCACUCUAAGUGUCUUGCCUUCAGCUUUAGAAGAGCCCUCAGUGUAAGCCUUUUGUCUGUUACUAGUGUGGCCCCUGUCCCUUUCCCACUGUGGCUAAUCCAAACCUCUGACUUGCCUCAUCACUCUCCUCUGGCCCUUUGUCCCCUCACCUAGCACAUGGCUGUUGGUCCUGUCUUACAGAAAAUAGAGACUAUGAGGAGGUCAGUGUUUGUUCACCCAUUUUGCCCUGCUCAUGUCCCCGCUUUGAGGAGGAAAAGAGGUAUCCUACUUCGUGUUGAAGACUAGUCUCCACGUUUCCUCUCUGCCGGCUCCCUCAUUCCCCCGACGCUUCUCUUUUUUCUGCCAAUAUCCUGUACGUAUUGCUCUUUUCCAGAGUACUGUUUUUUCUUUUUCCUCCCUCUUCUCCCAUUUUUCCUUCCUUCCUUCCUUUCUCCCUUUUUUCUUUUUUACUUACUCUAAAUACAGUUGACCCUUGAACAACACAGGUUUGAACUACGUGGGUCUACUUACACGUGGGGUUUUUUUCAGUAGUAAAUACUACAGUACUACACAAUCAGUGGUUGGUUGCAUCUCCGGAUACAGAGGAAUUGCAGAUAUGGAGGGCUGACUAAAAGUUACAUGCAGAUUUUUUUUUUUUUUUUUUCCGGUACACGGGCCUCUCACUGUUGUGGCCUCUCCCGUUGCGGAGCACAGGCUCCGGACGCACAGGCUCAGCAGUCAUGGCUCACGGGCCCAGCAGCUUCGCGGUAUGUGGGAUCCUCCCGGACUGGGGCACGAACCCACAUCCUCUGCAUCGGCAGGCGGACUCUCAACCACUGCGCCACCAGGGAAGCCCUAUAUGCAGAUUUUUGACUGCUAGGAGGAUUGCACCCCUAACUCCAUCAUUGUUCAAGGGUCAACUGUGCAUUUAUGUGAUGUUAUUGAUAGCCACAGCUUCUAUCACCUGUAAUGUUAGGCUGACUCCCAAACCUGUAGCUUGAAACCCAGCUUCUGCUUUCUAAACCUUCUUUCUAACUGCCUAUUAAAUAUCUUCACUUAGACAUCCCAUAGUAAUUUUAAAUUCGAUAUGUUCAAACAACUAAUCCUUACUUUUCAUCUAAAAUCUUUUCCAGUUCAUGUUUUCUCUUUUUUUGAUCUUCCACGAAGCAGGGCAACACAGAAUGCUGUAACCUACUUCUGCCUACCGUGCCAGCCACAUCUCUGCAGCUCUUCCUGUGUGAUCAUUUUCUAGUCCAGUGUUCCUUAGGCUCAUUUUUGAUCAACAUUCUGAUGGAGCUGCUUGGGACAAGGAGAGUCUCUCCCUAUCUCUGCCUUUGUCUCCUUGUUUAUCCUUACACAGCUAAGAAGAUUUUUAUUUAACUUAGCUUUUACAAGUUUUGCUAUGAAAAUAACCUUUGUGCUUUCUAAGUAUAAAUGUUUAAAUCACAGACUGCCCACCCUCACCCCACCCUUUUUGGAGAAUCAUGAUCAAUCACAAGUAUACUAGUUCCUUCCCCAAUGUGCUGUGUGUAUUUUUUCCUCAAUAUCCUCGUUACUUCUGGCUGGAACACUUUGCCCUUCUUUGUAGUCAAGUGAAUACCUAUUUAUCCUUUAGGACUCAGCUCCAGUGAUAUUGGAUCCAUAAGGCUUUUUCCAGCCCUUUUCAGUCAAAGUUACAUGUCAUUCUGCUUCUGCUCCCUGAAACUUCCCCAACCCAUGUUAUCACACUGAUCACAUUGCUUUAUAGUCAUUUUUCUUAUGAGUUGGCAAACUCCAUAUUUUAAAAAUGUAUCUUUAUGUAUAGUGCUUAAUGAAUAGUAGGCCCUUAGUAAUGUUUUUGAAUUAAUAAGAGGUAUGAUUCUUAAGUGCUGAAGUCUGCCACAAAAGGGUUACUGCUCUUGGAUUCCAAACUGCCCUGACCUCUGUACCAGUGGUUGACAAGGCCAAGAGGGAAUUACUCCUCAGAGGAGUAAAGUAUCAUUUAGAUCUAGAACCAGAGAAAAGUAGAGAGCUUUCUCUUCAGAAGCUGGGAACUCCAUUUUGUCUUCAUGACCCUGUGAACCACUUGGGUCUCUCACUGGUUGGUACACUAAUGGGGCUACUGUUGGGUGCUUUUUGUACAACUUUUUCAUCCCCCACACAAUUGGAGAAUAAUUUGUAGACCAUAACAGUUAUAAUGCUUUUUACUGUGAUGUAUUACAAAACAAUGGACAGUACAUUUUUGUAUGUGUUAAAGCCUGCUAUGUAAAUUCUGUUUCAUUUAGAAUGGAUUAACUUCAAAAUACCAAAUACUCCACAUAAGAAAAGUACUAUAAUUACUGUAAUUCACUCAUCAACAACUAUUAUGUGCCUAUUACAUGCUAGGUUUUAUCCUAGGCACUGAGUAUAUAGCUUUGUAAAACACCAGAGUUUGUUUUCUAGUGGAGGAAGUUAACGCAUUUUAAGAAAUAAAUGUGUAGCUUGGUGAGUGAUGAGUGCUAUGAAGAAUAAAGCAGGGCAUGGGGCUAGUGUGACUCAAGAGGGGUGCUGUUUUAUUUAGGGUGGUUGGGAAGGCACCUGUAAGCACCUGUCCACUUCAGCAUUUGGGUCUACCCCUCUGGUUGAAUACUGUUCAGUGUGCCAUUGCACAUUCAGUAUAUUCAUGAAGUUUCUCUUUCUUAUGGAAGUUUUGAUGAUGAAUUAAACAAUGAAUCACUACCUAAGAACUUCUCAUUUUGAUCCCAUUUAAAGGGUUUCUCUCCAGUGUGGCCCUUACUAAUGGGUAAGUGAUAACCUAAGGACCUUGUAGCAUUUAUUACACUUGCAGUUUCUCUCCAUUUUGAACUCUGAUGGUUACUAAAACUCUGUUAAAGGAUUUUUCAUGAUCCUUAAAUUUGUAUGGUUCUUUUCCAUUAUGAAUUUUCUCAUGUUAUCUAGGCUUUGAGACUUAGUUAAAGGCUUGUCUGCUUUGCUGCAUUUAUAGGGUUUCUGGCUACUGUAAAUUGUUUGAUGCUGAUUAAGGUGCAGAUCAUGAGUGAAGACUUUCCCUUACUUGUUUGCAUACAGUAGAGUGAGGUGAGAGUCAUUGGCUAAAACCCCACAAUGAAAUUUACAUUCCUGCCUUUACAGUCAGUCCCACUGGGAAUUCUCUGAUGUUCAUUAAAGUGGGAGAUUCAUUUUAAUGCCAUUUUUUAAAAACCCACAGCUGGCUUAUAUGCUAGUUUUAGAUUGCUUGUCACUUUUCUCUCUCCACCUUCCAGGGCUCCUUUUCUGACUCCCAUAAGGAUACCCCUUCUACCACAGAAUACAGGAUUCCAUAGUUCUCUAGUAUCACCUCCUUGUAUUAUUUUUUUUAACACAAUAUGAGCUAUCAUGGAAGUAUUACAUUAACAUACAUUUAAUGUAUCCACAGUUAAAAUAUGCAUUAUGUAUUCGUGCUGCUGUUCCUUACUGUUUUUUAUUUUCCUACUUCUAGUGAAAAUUUCCAAGUAAAAUGUUUUGGAGCAUAUAAAAUUUAAAAAAAAAUAAAACCAUAGUCCCAUA